UAUGACAAAUUACGUUGAGACGGAGGAUGAUUUGGAAAAAGUAUGGAAUUUACAAUCAAAAAUCUUAAAAGUUGUUAAAAAUUCACGAAUAUUACUUUGUUUAGCAUCAGGAGCUAAAAACAACCUCUUACAGACAUUAGACAAUCGGGAGAGACCAAUUACUUGUUUAGAAUUAAGUAAAAAAUGUGAUAUGGAUGAGUCUUAUGUAAGAGAGUGGUUAGAUAUGCUGAUAAGCUGCGAGGUAAUUGACAUAAUUGAAAAUAGCCGUGUUGAAAAGUAUUGCCUAAGGAAAUAUGAAGAAAAGUCUCUAAUUAGUUUAUUAAUUUCUAUACCGGAAUCUCCUAAUUUUAUGGAAAUUCUAGAUCGUAUUAACGAAUCAUUGAAAAUUGAUGGACCAAGAGGUUUCCCCUUAUCUCUAGUUGGCGAAACCGAUGAUUACUAUUAUAUAAAAGGUUUCGAAGAAAUUUAUCCCUGGAGCGAUAUCAAAUCACCGUACGAAGUUGUUCCAGGUCUUGUCAAUCGUUUAAGAGCGGGAAUUUCUGUACUAGACAGCAGUUGCGGUUCGGGGUCUUUUAUAUUUAGCGCCGCUAAACAUUUUCCCGAAUCGAUGUUUAUAGGCGUCGACUCGUCUAAAGAGGCUAUCGAAAAAGCUAAGAAAAGACAGAAGCAUUUAUCGAAUGUCGUAUUGCUACACUGCAAAGUGGACAAGCUUCCGUUAAACUGGACUAAAAAAUUUCACUACAUCCGGGCUAUAAAUUUGCUACGAAAAGUGCAGCAUCCAAAAAGAUGGCUUAGGGAAUUAUAUAGAGUAUUAAAGAUUGACGGGACUAUAUCUGUAAUCGAACGGGAAUUGGGCAACAAAUUAGAUGACAACACCCAAGAGAAACCUUUCCCAGUCGUUCCGCUAAUACAAGAAGCGGAACAUGAUGAGAGUGACAAGGAUGACUAUCCAUUCGAGAGUCUAACAAUACAAGAAGCUCAAAAUUUGCUUCAAACAAUAGGUUUCAUUUCAAUGUUAUCGAGUUUUAAUAACUUUUAUGAAAGAACCCAAGGUCAAGAUCGAGACAAGAUAAAUUGCGAUGAAUUAAAAAUUAAAACUUUUCAAUUAUCCAAUAAGAAAGAAGAUGAAAACGACGGUGAACAAGAAGGCGGUACUAUUGAUAAUAUAUAUAAACAUUUUAUCUGUACAAAACCGUUAAUAUGGAUGUUUUAA